CGAAGCGAUCUCUCCACACGCCUCGUCUGCCUCCAGGCCUGGCCAGCUGAGGAAGCCUCAUCGAUCCGCCUGGCUGCGCCCGUCUACCUCAAGGCCAUCGAUGCGGUUUACCUGCCGGAUUCGCGGAUUACAGUCUGUCUGGAGGCCAAUCGGUCCAUCGUCCUCUACACAGGCGUUGUAAAGGUUGGUUUCCUUGGAGUUGUUCCCUCGCCAUCGGCGCCUCUGCAGACAAGCCCAGAUAAGCAGUCUGGGCCAUCAUCCAGCCCCUCCUUCCUACUGCCACUCGUGGUGCGACCUUCUAACUCGGACGUGGCCGCUUCUUCUGCCCGUGGACAGAUAUCACAGCUCAUGUCAAUGUUCUCAACGGACAAAUCUGUUCCCUCGACGCCGCCAUUGUCACCUUCCGGAUCCAGUCGCUACGCCUACUCGGAUACUGCACUGCAGAAAAACCUGCAAAUCGUUGUGAGUUGUCUGACCUUCUAG